ACCACGGCGUAAACGCGCUCGGGGGCGUCAGGGGCGCGCAGGCGCCGCGGGGGGAGUGAGGCCGCGCAGGCGCGGACGGCGUUGGUUUGAAGAAGACCUUCAGCGUUGCCCUGGCGGAGCCGAGACAGGCCCUUAGGUUGGAGAUAUGUGUAACACACCGACUUACUGUGACCUAGGAAAGGCUGCCAAGGAUGUCUUCAACAAGGGAUAUGGGUUUGGCAUGGUCAAAAUAGAUCUGAGAACCAAGUCUUGUAGUGGAGUGAUGGAAUUUUCUACUUCGGGUCAUGCUUAUACUGAUACAGGGAAAGCGUCGGGCAACCUAGAGACCAAAUAUAAGGUCUGUAACUAUGGACUUACCUUCACCCAAAAAUGGAACACAGACAAUACUCUUGGAACAGAAAUCUCUUUGGAGAAUAAGUUGGCUGACGGGUUGAAACUGACUCUUGAUACCAUAUUUGUACCGAACACAGGAAAGAAGAGUGGGAAAUUGAAGGCCUCCUAUAAACGGGAUUGUUUCAGUGUUGGCAGUAAUGUUGAUAUAGAUUUUUCUGGGCCAACCAUUUAUGGCUGGGCUGUAUUGGCUUUUGAAGGUUGGCUUGCUGGCUAUCAGAUGAGUUUUGACACAGCUAAAUCCAAACUGUCUCAGAAUAAUUUCGCCCUGGGUUAUAAGGCUGCAGACUUCCAAUUGCACACUCAUGUGAAUGAUGGCACUGAAUUUGGAGGUUCUAUCUACCAGAAAGUUAAUGAGAAGAUUGAAACGUCAAUAAAUCUUGCAUGGACAGCUGGUAGCAACAAUACCCGUUUUGGCAUUGCUGCUAAAUAUAAGCUGGAUUGUAGAACUUCUCUAUCUGCUAAAGUAAACAAUGCCAGCUUGAUUGGACUGGGUUAUACUCAGACCCUUCGACCAGGAGUCAAACUGACCCUGUCAGCUUUAAUCGAUGGAAAGAACUUCAGUGCAGGAGGGCACAAGGUUGGGUUGGGAUUUGAACUGGAAGCUUAAUGUGGUUUUAAGUAAAGCAUCAGAUUUGUUCUUGGAAGUGAAGAGAAAUGAACCCACUAUGUUUUGGCCUUAAAAUUCUUCUGUGAAAUUUCAAAAGUGUGAACUUUUUAUUCUUCCAAAGAAUUGUAAAUCUCCCCACAUGAAGUCUAGAGAUUGCAAGUCCAUCCUAAGGGAGGUUCUUGAAGGCAUGCCUGGAAGUUGUCAUGUUUGUGCCACAUUUCAGUUGAGUUCUGCAGUGUUAAUUUAAAUUUGUUCCUCAGCGACAGUGUAGUGUCAUGUUAAAGGAAAUGACCUGAUCCUCAAGUUUGUACAUCACGUCCUGCAUGUACCAUACCACUUUUUCAUGAUGUUUUAAUAUAUUGGUCUCUGUGCUAUAGUGGAACCUUUGGUUUUGCAUCAGAGUAAAAUAAAAUAAACCCAUCACACUUGGAACACAA